AUGCUGUACCGCCCGACGAUUGCGCGCACAGUCAUUUAUGGUGUCUCGCGGCGGGGCCUGAUCACCUCUGUUCGUCUCCGCGCUCCCCUCACAGCUGCUCCUGUGACGGAAAGAAGAGCGCCAGGCCUUCAGCCCCCCGACUCGACACAUUUCAAAGACUCACCAACUCCCAUACAUGAGCACCAAUCGAAUAAAAUCCUAGGGGAUUGGGUGUUAUUCCAUCCUGUGUAUACAAAGGAAGAAAACGAGGCAGUUGAAGUUCUGCAUCGUCCGCCUACAUCAAUUUCGGAUCGUGUGGCCGACUUGUUUACGAAAGUAACUCGAUGGGGAUUCGAUUUUGUAUCAAAAUACGAGCACAAGGAAAUACCCCCAAAUCAUAAGAUGUCCCUGGCCGAACUGCGUGCGGGUGGUUACACGAUGAGUGAACGUCAAUGGCUUGCCAGAAUCCUUUUCCUGGAGUCAAUUGCUGGAGUUCCGGGCAUGGUCGCCGCUGCAUGCCGUCAUCUGAGAAGUCUAAGACUUAUGAAGAGGGAUGCGGGUUGGAUUCAUACACUCCUACAAGAGGCAGAAAAUGAGCGAAUGCAUCUGAUGACGUUCAUGACUCUCAAGAAGCCGAGCAGGUUCUUCAGAGCGUCGGUUCUUGCGGCACAGGGAGUUUAUUAUAACGCGUUCUUCCUCGCAUACCUCAUAAGCCCAAGAACGGCCCACCGAUUCGUAGGUUACCUUGAGGAAGAAGCGGUCUUCACGUAUUCCCGGAUAAUAAAAGAGAUCGAAGACGGCCACCUACCAGAAUGGGAAAAUCUCCCCGCACCUGCCAUCGCCAUUGAGUACUGGAGGCUCCCAGCGGACGCCAAGCUCCUUGAUGUCAUGUAUGCGGUUCGUUCUGAUGAAUCGACACAUCGGUUCGUGAACCAUUCGCUUGCAAGCCUGGAGACAGGUGAUACCAACCCAUUCGCACUUGGUGAGCCUGGAAUGAAGUUGAAAGGAACGAAAAUUGGAUUUGAACGAGACGAGAGCGCUCGCUACGUACGGCAGAAAGGGGAACAAACCCAGCAUGUAAUGGAAGAGAAGCAGAAGAAGGAAAAGUGA